GCGCUCGUGUACAAUUGAAAGUGUUUAUCCAACCACUUUGUAUUUAACUUUGAAAACACCGUUUAUUUUCCAUAGAGAUUUUCCCUUGCGAACCAGGAAGUGUCGAAAUGCUAACAGUAAAAACUACAAGCGUCCGGUUUGCUUGCUAAGCUAUAAAAAGCAAAACUAGCUAUCUCGUUAGCUUACAAACGCCCAUACCAAAGAGUCGAACCCCCGGUGAAGAACGGUCAUAAAUAAGCAUGAAUCCAAGUCUCAGAACUGUUGUCCCGAGUAUGUUUCAGCAUUUUGAUGUCUAGAAGAACAUCACAUAGACUAUUGUGUUAAAGGUUUCGUUUGGUCAGAGAAGAUGAACGGUUUGUCUGUUGGAGAACUCUGCAGCCUCUUCUGCUGUCCACCAUGUCCCAGUCGUAUCGCAGCCAAGUUGGCAUUUUUGCCCCCUGAACCCACUUACGAGCUUUUGCCAGAUGCAGAUUCGGGGCAGCCUGUGCCGUCUAGUCUGGGGGCAUCUGGACUUCGCUCACGACUAGGUGUCGGGGGAGGAGGUGGAGAUCGAAGUGGGGCUGAAAGUAGGUGGAAGCUGCAGCUGAGCGAACGCGCCGAGUUCCAAUACUCCCAGCGUGAACUGGAUGGCACUGAAGUGUUUUUGACACGAUCCAGCAGAGGGAACAAAGUUGGCUGCAUGUACAUCCGCUGCGCUCCCUCGGCCAGAUAUACAGUCCUGUUCUCUCAUGGAAAUGCUGUGGAUUUGGGUCAGAUGAGCAGCUUUUACAUCGGGCUGGGCACUCGCAUCAACUGCAAUAUUUUCUCUUAUGACUACUCUGGCUAUGGCGUCAGCACAGGAAAGCCAUCAGAGAAGAAUUUGUAUGCAGACAUUGAUGCAGCCUGGCAUGCACUACGGACCAGGUAUGGAAUUAGUCCUGAGAACAUCAUUCUGUAUGGCCAGAGCAUCGGUACCGUUCCUACUGUGGAUCUGGCUUCACGAUAUGAGUGUGCCGCUGUAGUCCUGCACUCCCCACUGACCUCUGGUAUGAGGGUCGCCUUCCCAGACACCAAGAAGACCUACUGUUUUGAUGCCUUCCCAAACAUAGAGAAGGUGUCCAAAAUCACCUCUCCAGUCUUGAUCAUUCAUGGCACCGAGGACGAGGUGAUCGACUUCUCCCACGGCCUAGCCCUGUUCGAGCGCUGCCCAAAGGCAGUGGAGCCGCUGUGGGUUGAAGGAGCCGGCCACAACGACAUUGAGCUGUACAGCCAGUACUUGGAACGUUUGCGCCGCUUCAUUGGCCAGGAACUGGCGGCACACGCCUGAGCAUGUGCAUGUUGCAUAUGUGUCCGUGGAGGAAGAAGAGUUUCUGAAUCGGAUGGGCACAACAUUGUGAUGCUGUUCCUGUGCCGGUCUCUUCCCAGGCAGCUCUUUGGUUGCAUCUUUUUUUGUCUUUGUUUUGUUUUUGAUUCGUUUUGGAUUUGCUUAUUUUCUUGUUUUGUUUGUACAUACUUCAAUGUACUUUCAUGUACAUAUUUUCACGUUUUUUUUUUUUUUUAAUGUCCGAGAGUCCCCAAGUUUUUCAGUAACAGUGUUCUGGUCGCUUGCAUUUCUCAAUAUUUGGCCUCUGUUUCCUGGCCUAAUGGAAACUUAGAGGGUUUGAACUUUUUGUAGAUGACAACCGAAGUUCAAUGUACCUUUUAGUCUCAUUGUCCGUCUCCACCACUCUUCAAGCAAACCACCACUUUGAUGUUCACACGUUCUGUCACUGCUCUCUCUACCUCCCCCCUGCUUCUGCUCGGAGCUUUCCUACUAUGGUAGCUGAUCUUGCAGCAUAUUUGUGGCAUCUGCAGACAAUUUUAGAAGGACCACACACUACACUUGAAUUGACAUGUGAUGUCCCUGGGACUAUACGGCCACCUGACUCAAACCCACACUGCUUGUAUGUAUGUGGCUAAAAUGACCCAUCUUACAGCAGGGUUUCAUGUGAGAUGUGGUUCACAUCCCCGCAUACAUAUCUGAAUGAACACACUGCUUUGGACUACAUAACGCGUUUUUGGGAAAGAAAGACCGGAAAGCUGAUUUGAGUAACAUUGCACGUAGACAGAAUGUAUGUUGCUAAUUUUGAAGUUGGUGUCUCUCUUUUUUUUUGUACUUAAAGUUUUUUUUGUUCAUUUUUUUUUUCUUGACUGUGUAUCUUCCAUGGUUUAACAUACUUACAGACUGGUGCACUCAACGUGCUUUAGAGAAAUGGAAGUUGAACUUAAAUGCCAAAUCUAUUUUUGUAAAAAGAUAUUUCAUAAACCAAGGGACCUUUCUCAAGCAGAGUUGCUUUGAAAUGGACUGAAGCCAUUUUGGAGUGUUCUGUAGUAGUGGAUGACAUUUAAUGGACUCUGUCAAAAUGGAAGAGACUAUAGAAAUAUUUAUUAUGGGCUAAACAUUUUCAGUCUUCAGCUCCAUAUCUACAGUGAGUUGGGAUGGAGAGAAUAUUUUAGUGUUCUGUCUUUGUUUUUGUUGCAUUGUAAUUGAACCGAAUAAAGAAACUGUCUACAGUAACGUUA